UGAUAAAAGUAUUCAGAGUUCAGACUCCAUGUUGGUGGACGGAGCAGCAGAGACCAGAUUCAGAGGUUGGUGUUUCUGGUUCAUGUCUCUGAAUGACUGAAGUCCAGAAGAUGGAGGAUUGUGUGGAGAAAGAGGAGGAGAGACCAGAGUCUCCAGGAUCCAUCAGUGUCUCUAUGAAGAGUGACCGGUCCAGACGAGAACCUCCAACCUUCAGUAAAGAACCUGGACCUUCAGACACAAAAGGUCGGUACUGCAGUCAGAGACCAGAGUCUCCAGGAUCCAUCUGUCUGUCUCUGAAGAGUGACCGGUCCAUGGACCCCCCUUUAGUCUUCAGAGAACCUGGACCUUCAGACACAAAACGGAGCUCAGACCAGUCGACUUCAUUGGAAAAUCUGGGACAUGGAAUAAGAUCCAGAGGAAGAUCUCCACAAGAUGCUGGUCUGCAGCAGGUCCUAGAUGAACACAAGAUCAGUCUGAGGAGCAGAUGUGAACAUGUGACUGAAGGAACUGAUGAACCAGGAAGUAGAACCCCCCUCAACAGGAUCUACACGGAGCUCUUCAUCACAGAGGGACUGAGUGAAGAGGUUGAUACCCAACAUGAGGUGAGGCAGCUGGAGACAGCUCCCAGGAUGAAGAGCCUCCGUGACGCUCCAAUCAAGUGCCAGGACAUCUUUAAAGCCUUACCUGACCAACGUGGAGCCAUCAGAGUGGUUCUGACCAACGGCGUCGCUGGCGCUGGGAAAACCUUCUCGGUUCAGAAGUUCUCUCUGGACUGGGCCGAGGGCUCGGAGAACCAAGACGUCACCGUGGUGAUUCUGCUCUCGUUCAGGGAGCUGCACCUGAUCGGAGAUGAGCAGCUCAGUCUUCUCAGGCUGAUCCAGGUUUUCCAUCCAUCGUUCCAGAAGCUCACAGCAGAGCAGCUGGCUGCCGGGAAACCCUUGUUCAUCUUUGACGGCCUGGAUGAAAGCAGACGUUCCCUGGACUUCAACAACGGUCCGGUGGUGUCUGACGUCAAACAGAGCUCAUCGGUCAACGUGCUGCUGACCAACCUCAUCCAGGGGAACCUGCUUCCCUCAGCUCUCAUCUGGAUCACUUCCAGACCUGCAGCAGCCAAUCAGAUCCCUCACAAACACGUGGACAGGGUGACAGAAGUACGAGGCUUCACCGACGGCCAGAAGGAGGAAUACUUCAGGAGGAGGUUCAGGGAUGAAGAGCGGUCCAGCAGCAUCGUCUCCCACAUGAAGACAUCCAGAACCCUCCACAUCAUGUGUCAACUCCCGGUCUUCUGCUGGAUCACUGCUACAGUUCUGGACCACAUGUUGACCACAGAGCAGAGAGGAGAGCUGCCCAAGACCCUGACUGACAUGUUCUCCCACUUCCUGCUGGUCCAGACCAAGAGGAAGAAGAACAAGUACCAGGAGGGACAUGAGACGAGUCCACAGGAGCUGACGGAGGCUGACAGGGACCUUCUCCUGAAGCUGGGGAGGCUGGCGUUGGAACAUCUGGAGAAAGGAAACAUCAUGUUCUACCAAGAAGACCUGGAGCAGUGUGGUCUGGAUGUCCCAGAGGCCUCGGUGUACUCAGGAGUUUGUACCCAGAUCUUCAGGAGAGAGUGUGAGGUCUUCCAGAAACCCGUCUACUGCUUUGUUCAUCUGAGCAUCGAGGAGUUCCUGGCUGCAGUCUACGUGCUCCACUGUUGCUCCACCAGAAACACAGAUGUGCUAAAGAACUUCCUGGGAGAAGACUACGGAUACGUAUUUCUGUAUGACUUCCUGAAGAGAGUCACAGAGAAAUCCCUGAAGAGUAAAAAUGGCCACCUGGACCUGUUUGUCCGCUUCCUUCAUGGUCUUUCUGUGGAGUCCAACCAGAGACUGUUAGGAGUUCUGCUGAACCAGACGGAGAACGAUCCAGAAACCAUCCACAGAGUCAUCUACAACCUGAAGGAGAUGAUCACUGACAUAAUCUCUCCUGACAGAAGCAUCAACAUCUUCCAGUGUCUGAUGGAGAUGAACGACCUCUCAGUUCAUCAGCAGAUCCAAGAGUUCCUGAAGUCAGAGAACAGAUCAGAGCAGGAACUCUCUGAGAUCCAGUGUUCAGCUCUGGCCUACAUGCUGCAGAUGUCGGAGGAGGUUCUGGAUGAGUUGGACCUGAGCAAGUACAAGACAACACCAUGGGGGGGUCGACUGAGACUGAUUCCAGCUGUGAGGAACUGCAGAAAGGCUCGAUUGGUUUAUUGUGGACUCUCAGAGACUCAGUGUGAAGUUGUUGCGUCCGCUCUGAAGUCCAACCCCUCCCAUCUGACACAACUGGACCUGAGUAAGAACCAGGACCUGGAGGAUUCAGGAGUGAAGGUUCUGUCUGGUGGACUGGAGAGUCCAAACUGUAGACUGGAGACUCUGAGGUUGGAGAAGUGCGGUCUGUCAGAGAUCAGCUGUUCUUCUCUGGUCUCAGCUCUGAAGUCCAACCCCUCCCAUCUGAAACAUCUGGACCUGAGUCAGAACUACAAGCUGCAGGAUUCAGGAGUGAAACAUCUGAGUGGAUUUCUGGAGAGUCCAGACUGCAGACUGGAGACUCUGAGGUUGGAGAACUGCAGUCUGUCAGAGAUCAGCUGUUCUUCUCUGGUCUCAGCUCUGAAGUCCAACCCCUCCCAUCUGAAACAUCUGGACCUGAGUAAGAACAACCUGCAGGAUUCAGGAGUGAAACAUCUGAGUGGAUUUCUGGAGAGUCCAGACUGCAGACUGGAGACUCUGAGGUUGAGGGGCUGCGAUCUGUCAGAGAUCAGCUGUUCUUCUCUGGUCUCAGCUCUGAAGUCCAACCCCUCCCAUCUGAAACAUCUGGACCUGAGCAGGAACGACCUGAAGGCUGCAGAUGUGAAGCAGCUUUCUGAUCUGGAGGAGAGUCCAGACUUCCAGCUGCAGACUCUCAGGUUGUGAUGAGAGUGUCCAGGACGGACGAGUCGUGUCCUGAUCGUCCUCAGAGUUGAAGCAGCAACAGUUUGUGUGGACGGACUCUGACUGGACCGUGAUGAAGAUGAAGAUGAUGAUGAUGAUGAUGAUGAUGAUGAUGAAGAUGAUGAUGAUGAUGAUGAUGAUGAUGAUGAUGAUGAAGAUCAUGAUGAUGAAGAUGUACAUCGUUUCUGAAUUCCAGCAUUCUACAAACUUCUCAUAUGUUCAUUUAUUUCAUGUUAAGUCAAAACGUCUUUAUUGUUAUUAUAUUAUUGUUAAAAAACAGUACAUAAAAAGUUAGCCUUUAAUUUGAACUUGAGUUUUGUUCCACAUUGUUCCUCAAGCUCUUUGUCUAAAGUCUGGAUGAGUUCUAGUUUGGAGGUUUCUACUACUAAUGUAGUGAUGGAUAAAUGUCUGCGCUGCCGCGGCGGAGCUGCUCAGAGAAACAGCCGUCUCCCCCACCGAGUCACAUGACUCCCCGCUGUUUGCUUUUUAUUGACAUUGAUUGAUUGAUUGAUUGAUUGAUUGAUUGAUUGAUUGAUUGAUUGAUUGAUUGAUUGAUUGAUUGAUUGAUUGAUUGAUGACAAUCUUUAAAAAAAACAUACAUGAAUAACUGCAUUGCAGUCUCACAUACAUUAAUGAUAUAAAUUGCCGAGGAUUAAAACACAAUAAAGACAACAGGCUUAUUUACAUGUCGGUCCUCGAUGUUUAUAAAAGCUGAUGAAAAAUGCAGGUGUCGACAAGUUUGAUGUUAGUUUCCUAUUGGCUUCUCAUAAGAGAACAAAACAAGACAAAACACAACCAAAAACACAGAAACAUUCAACACAGAUCAAACCAAGGAAAGAUAAAACACAAACGUCCAGUGGACAGGUGUCAUUUCAGGUGAAAGUGAAGGCUCCUCUCAUUUGAGAUCAG